AAAUUUUUGACUUUAGAAAUGUUUUUAAAAUCACUUCAGUUAAUAGUGUGUUUAACGAUAAUUUUUAACGAACGUGGAGCUCUAAUAGCAUCGCAAAAUGUAGAAUAUCCACCGUUAUCAGAAUCAAUGUGGAAUUACGUGGGAGAAACUUUAGAGUGGGAAUCAAGAGAACCUAAAAAUAGAGAAAAUGUUUUAGUGGAAUAUGACUUCAUCGUAGUCGGUGCUGGAAGUGCAGGAGCAGUAGUAGCUAGUAGAUUAUCCGAGAUUAAAAAAUGGAAGGUGUUAUUAAUCGAAGCUGGAAAAAAAGCAUUACAUUUUAUGGAUGUACCUAUAACAGCUCAAUUGUUGCAAGCUUCAGAAUACAAUUGGAAGUAUAAGACUAUACCUAUGAAUACAUCUUGCUUAAGUUUCGAUGAACACCGCUGUAAAUUUCCUAGAGGAAAAGUAAUGGGUGGUAGCAGUGUAUUGAAUUAUAUGAUUUAUACACGUGGUAAUAAAAUGGAUUACGAUAAUUGGGCAGAAAUGGGCAACGAAGGAUGGAGCAACGAUGACGUGUUUAAGUACUUUCUUAAAUCGGAAAACGCUAACCUAUCUACCUCGGAUGUGAACUAUCAUAGACAUAAUGGAUUGUUGUCAGUGGCAGACGUACCAUAUAGGACACCUAUAGCAAAAGCUUUUGUGGACUCUGGAUCAGAAAUAGGACUGCCCGUCAUUGACGUAAACGGGAAAAACCAAAUCGGGAUAAAUUAUAUACAG